CCAUUGCAGUUCAAGCUAUGCUGCUACGAAGCCGAUUGAUUUGUGGCGAUGAUGGUUGAGUUGAUCUUGUUUUCUUGAUUUUUGAGCUGUUAAGCUUAGACUCGUAGCAAUCAUAUAUAAUGUUGAGCUUAUUUUUUUUUUAAGGUCUGAAGUUCUUUUUAGUUUUAUUGUACGUGUUUGAAGAAGUCAGCCUUUGUGUGGGAGGCAUUUGACCGUCAACCUCGAAGUGCGAGGUGUAGCUUUUUCCCUUCGUUGAAAAAUAUUUGAUAAUUUGUUACGAUUAAGCGAACAGAUGUCAGUGCAAGUUAUUAUGGAUUCAAACCAUUGAAUUUAUUUAUUUUUUUCUCUUCAUUGUAGGCCUGAAUGCUGUAGUCGAUAAGUUAAAUUACGCUCACCGGCCACUAGUGGGUGCAGACCUGCUUCAUACAAAUGACUAACCAGUCUCUGUCAUGACGACUUACAGUUAAAAACUACUCAUCAGAAUGGGAAAGAAGGGGGACUUAAGUGACUUAGAAAGGGGCAUGAUUGUUGGCGCCAGGCGGAUUGGUCUGAGUGUCUCGGAAACUGCGAAACUACUCGGCUUUUCACGCACAACUAUUUCUAGGGUCUACAGGGAGUGGUCUGAGAAGGGAAAGAUAUCUAGCGAGCGCCAGUUGUGUGGACGCAAGUGCCUAGUCGGUGUCAGGGGUCAGAAGAGAAUGGACAGGCUGGUCCAGGAGGAUAGGAAAGCGACAGUCACGCAGAUCACAGUUCGUUACAACCAAGGUACGCAGAAUACCAUAUCUGAGCGCACGACCCGGCGCACCCUGAAGCAGAUGGGCUACAGCUGCAGGAGCCCGCACAGGGCUCAGGAGCAGGACAAUCAGGCCAAAACUAGACACAAGGAACAAAACCUGAGCAAUGUUUCCACAUCCUGACUCAAUGCCACGAGGAAUGGACGCAGUUCUGAAAGCAGAAUGGGAUCCAUCUUGGCUCUAGCGAGGGGUAAAAUGUAAAGUGGCUGGUGAGUUUGCUACAGUAUGUGUGUGGGUGUAAAAUAUUUAUAUAUAUAUAUAAUAUAUAUUUUUUUUUUUAGUGGUCAGUGACCUCGUAUCUUUUGUCCUUAUGCAAUCAUUUGCAACUGAGUGAGCCGUUCUGAUUAGUUGCCCCUAUCGUCUUUACCCCCCUUAGCAUUUUAAUUGAGUGCCAAAAUUAUAAUUUUUUUUCUUUUUCUUUUUUUUAAACAAAGAAAUUAGUCUUUCAUCUUGAAGCAAUUUGAGGGAAGCAAAUCUCAAAUGAUCAGAUCGUUAAUUAUAUCUGGGCGUAGUUUCCAGUGAAGGUUUUUUUUUUUUUUUUUUUUGAAAGGCUUAAGUUAUAGAAUAAGUCUUUGGAGGGUUUUUUUUUUUCUCCUUUUUUUGCAUCCUUUGGGGAGGGGUGAUAUGGACUGAGUUAUCGAGGGAGGAAUGGACUCUGCUGUUGUGAGGAAGAAUGGACUUAGUUAUUAGCUGAAGAUCGCAGGACCGCUGGAGCAAGGCCUUGUGGGACAAGCGGACAGGACCAGGGUGGAGCCAGGCAGGAGAGGACCACAGGGCGUGGUGUGGCGGUGGCAGGAGCAGGAGCAGAGGGUCCCAGGGAGCAGAGAGCAGCAUCUGUCGGCGAGGGUACACCAGAGGGAGCCAGAGGCACAGGGCAGUGUAGCAGAGAGGCCUUCGCUCACCAGGUUCCAGAGCAAGCCAGCCGAUGCUGAGGGUGGGACUGGGUGUGCAGUCGUCUAGCUUCACAUUGUAAAGCGGGGCUCUGGUUUGUAUAUCAGGUUGAGGUAUCUCUGUGACACACUUCAGGAAUUUGGUAUUUAAACUUUUUUUUCUUUUUUUAAUCAAUUGCAAUUACUCCCACAUUUUUCUCUUCCUCUUUUCAGGCAAGCUGUGUAGAACGUUUUGUACCGCGAUCGCAUCUCGACAUGCGCUACAUGAUUUUGUUGGUCUGCUGUGGUGAAUGCCUUGGUUGUGUGCUGGCGAGAGGAACCUUUGAGUUGGACUGCUGCCCCUGCGAUAAGAAGUAGCCCCCCCAACUGGAAGGAGAGGCGAUUCUCUGUUUGAUAGGUCUUCCCCAGAGGUCGUUUACUGCAUUGGAGUGUGAAAGUGGAUGGUCGUCUGUGGCCCCAAUUGAUGUGUAUUCUCCAACCCUUCGGUACUUCAGCUGCGCCUGAUAAGUACAGAUCAGCUACAUCUACCUCUUAACCCAUGCAGUGAGUUAACGCAUGAUAUGUACAUGUGGGUGUAACUAUCCUGUACAUGAAAGUCAUUGCCUUUUGUUUUUGCAUCAAAAUGAAAUUCAUUCAAGUAGUAUUGGUUCUAUUUUUCUGGGUUAAGGGGGAGGGGGGGUAUUUAAAAAUAUGUCUGGAGUUUUUCUUUCCACAGGCCCACCCCUAAAGCUGAACAUGGAAAGACCCCCCAGAGCUAGCCCCUCAAUACAAGUUGAAUCCAUCUUGCGUACAAUAGUGCUAUGGAUUGGGAUCGUGUGCACCUACCGUGGUUUAACAAACUAUAGGAAGGUAUUUUGUAUUUAAGAGAAUGAUAUGCCAUUUUUCAACAUGUAAACCUUUGUGGGGCCUGGUGGGAGGGCGGGUUGUGGGGCUUUAAUCAGUGUCUUCCUAGACUUCACAGCUCCACAUUGCCCAAAGGGUUGAAUAGGAAACAUCCAGGCGCACCCCAACAAGAUUCAAGUGGACACUUUGCCAUGCAGCGUAGCAACCACAAAAAUAGUCUGCUGGUGUAGAGAAGCUCAUUUUACCGAGGGAGUGUGGUAACAAGUUUCUUUACUAGAUGUAACUGUCUUAAAGUUGCUUUGUGGAAGGUGGUUGUGUACUUCUGACUCUUGCAGAUGUUUGUAUAAGGCCCACCAUCUACAUUCAAGUCCACUUCUACUGUUCAGGAAGGAAUCCCUCCAUGCUCAGGCCUGUGGUAUUUAAUCGUUACUCCUUUAAAAUGGCUUUCAUAAAUUGUAUUCAUAGUCCCUCGGUAUUCCUUACAAUUUACAAAUGUUUUGUAUAGCCAUUUAUUGCUUUAUAUUGUGGGAGAGGCUUUUUUCCUUUGCAUUUUUUCAGUGUGCUGUGUCCUGUGUGCUUUCAAUACACAAGAUCAUCAAGAGCUCUCCUAACUCAUUGUGUGUACAAGUUUCCUUGCACAUCAAGCAUCACGUAAGGUCACUAAAUGUGUUUACAUUACCUAAACAUUCAUUGUUUGGCUAGAUGCCUCCACUGCAAUUCCUUUGCAAUUAGUUACUGUGCCUUGUAUUGAUAAUACAAUGAGUGAACUAUCUGUAAAGGAUUUUAAUUUUUGCACAAUAAAUGCAUAGCUUGUUGUGAUUA